AUGGGAAACGCUCAACAAGUUGGAGCACUGCUCGGAAAGAAGGAAUUUCCAUAUGAAAUUGAGGACGUUUAUGCCGAGACGUUUCUCUGGAAAAUACAUCGUGGAAAAAGGAAAUCAGACAAUGAAGUGGUUACAAUUUUCAAAUUCGAUUUUGAUAACACCACUCCACAGGAUAAAAUCGAAUUGGCGAAAGGAAGUCUCAAACGAUUGCGUGCUAUUCGCCAUCCGAGUGUUGUAACCUUUUUAGAUGUUUUAGAAUUGAGUAACUCAAUAUUCAUCGUAACGGAAUAUGUGGUUCCGUUAUCUGUUGAAAUUCAAAACAUCAAAACGCAAUUAUCAGCUCCCGAGAUGAUAGCUUGGGGACUCUAUCAAGUAGCUAAAGCUCUCAUAUUUUUACAUGGAAAUAAUUUAUAUCAUUGUAAUGUGAACAUUGAUUCAGUAUUUGUAGAUAACGGAGGAGAUUGGAAGAUUGGUGAGCUAGGUUUUUUAACAUCAUUCCAGAGCAGCAAUGGUGGAGUUGUGAAUGCAUCCGAAGCUUCCUAUGGUGUUCCUGUAAAAAGAUUUUUCAAUUAUAUUCUCAACAAGUACAGACCUUUAGAAGUUGCAUCACAAAGAUGGGACUAUGUCGAUGCCAAUCCUUCAAAAUUGGAUUCAUGGGGAUUUGCUUGUUUAAUUUAUGAAAUAUUUGAGGGACCAAUGAAUGUGCCUGAUGACUUGAAGAAAAUUAAUCUUCCCAAGAUUCCAAAAACACUUCGUGUGGCAUUUGAUCAAUUAACUGACAAGAAUGUCAAGAUGAGAUUGGAAUUGUCAAACUUGUUAGAAAAUCCAUACUUUAACAAUUCUCUCAUUGAAAUACAACUAUUUUUGGAAAAUAUCACAAUCAAAGAUGCAAUUUCUGUAGAAACAUUUCUGAACAGACUUCCCGAGUUACUACCACAAUUGCCUCGAAAUAACAUGAAAAACAAAGUGUUGCCCAGUUUGAUACAACUUAUCAAGUUCGGAACUGCAGGACAAAAAGCAAUUGUUCCAAUCAUGAAACUUGGGUCAUUGUUGAAUGAAGAUGAGUACAAGACGGUGUUCAUUCCUAAAGUUUUGGAUUUAUUUGAAAUUGCUGAUAGAACCGUUAGAGUGAAUUUACUCAAAGGUAUUGACCACAUUGCUGUUUAUUUAACACAAGAGCAAGCAGAGAAUGUUUAUGAGCAUGUUUCAAAAGGAUUUAGAGAUACAUCCCCAAUUUUGAGAGAAAUGACUGUGAAAUCAAUGAUUGCCAUUGUUCCAAAACUUAAAGAAGACACCAUUGAUAACAGUGUAGUGAGAUACAUGUGGGCACUUCAAGGUGACAAGGAAAAUGCCAUCAGAACAAAUACUAUUAUUGCAUUUGGAAAAUUGGCACCAAGCCUUUCAGACAAAACUAGAAAGAGAAUUUUAUUGGCAGCAUUUGUGAGAAGCUUAAAAGAUCCAUUUGUGCAUUCGAGAUUGGCUGCCUUGAAAGCACUUGUAUCAACGAAACAAUACUACUCUGUAAGUGACAUGGCAGUGAAAGGGUUACCAUUUGUUGUGUCACUCACAGUCGAUCCAGAAAAGCAAGUCAGAGAUUUGGCAUUUGUUGUGUUAAACGAUUUUUUGAAAACCAUUUCGGAAGUUUCUGAACAACCAAAUUUCAAUGAAAUUAUCAAUAGCGAGAGGAACACAGAGGCAAAUUCAACCACUGCAAAUGGUACCAGCAAUCAAGGUGGCAGUGAGUCUUCCAAUGUUGGAUCUGAUUACUUCUCUUGGGCCAUGAAAUCUCUCAAAACCAAAGUAUUGGGAGAUCAUCCAACACAACCUUCGUCAGGUACCUCUUCUUCAACAACGACGAGUAGCAGUCAAAUGAGUAGUAGUAGUAGCAGCAAUACUUCUUCAUAUGGCUCAACAAGUACUCCACAAUCAUCAACCACCACCAACAACACUGGAACCACAUCCAUUUAUAAACCUGUGGUACUUUCGAGUGGUUCAACCCAACCUCAACAACCACAGCGAACGCAACCACAAGAUCCAUUCAGUCAAAUGACUGCAACUCUUCAGGCAAAAUCGAACGUGUCAUCAUCUCCCAAUAUGAAUAAGAAAUUAGAGCCACAAAAAGCAACCAAUAGCAUGAAAUUACCAAAAUCUUCAAACAACGAUGUAUUAGAUGACUUUUUCGACAUGUCUGACGACAACAAUUCCAAUACAUUGGGAAAUAUGACCACUGGAUCAUCUUCAGAGCUGUUGGACGAUGAUUGGAGUAGUUGGGAUAAUUUGGAUUCUCACUUUAAUUCAACAUCAUCUUCAACUAAGCAAUCACCCACUCCUUCUCAACAACAAAACAAAGCUUCUCAACCCUUAAAACUAAGUCACUCCACAACAACGAACAAGAGUACUGCAAGCAAUAAUCUUUUUGAAGAUGAUUUUUUUGCCUCCAUGCAAAAUAACACUACUACGACUUCCAAAAAGACAAAUAUCAUGCAACCUACAGCAACAACAUCGACCACUUCAAGUCAGCAGCAGAAUCGAAUGAGUCCAAUGUCAAGUUCAGGAACUACUUCCAAUCGACCACAAAAUAAGACACAAACGACAACAACAUCUUCUCAGAACAAGAAGCCCUCAACUUCAGGCACCAAUAAUAACUGGAGUGAUAAUUGGGAAGAAUGGUAG